AAAACCCCUGAAAAGAACGAAAAGAUUCCAGGGUAUAGAUACCCACAGUACAGCGCAUGAAAUCGGAAGGGAGAGAGAGUGGCGAUUUCAAGCGAGAGACAAGACCGAGCAAGUCAAAGCUCUCAAACUCAGCCAUGUUUCAAGCGAACAACCACCAGCUUCCAACUGAUGCAAAGCCAUUAUCUGUCGAGGAAUCAUCUCCAUCAAUGGAAAUAGAUAAGAAUGACCGCAGCAUAGUUUUGAGGGAUGAAAUGCACAAUGGAGGAUUUUCACAGGCACAAUCCAUCAUCUACGGUUCUAAGAAACUUCAAGAUGAUCUACGCAUGAUGGGUAUGAAAAUCCAACAGCAUGAGGACAAUAUAAAAUUUCUAAAGACUCAGAGAAACAAAUUAGAUGAGUCCAUUCUUGGCAUGCAAGUUAUUCUCGGAAAGUAUCAUGCUUCAAGCACAUCUAAGAUUGAAAAUGAGGACCAUUCCACCCAUCAGAGUGAGGACGAUACCAAUCAACAGAUUAUACUGUAUGAAAAAUCCGCUGCAGGGAUAUUGUGCCAGCUGAAAACACGUCAUGGCACUCAGGCCUAUCAUCUCUUAAUGACCAGGGAUGUGCUGGGCAUUGUUGCCACACUUGGAAAAGUUGAUGAUGACAAUCUUAGCAGGCUUUUCUCAGAGUACUUAGGACUGGAUACUAUGCUUGCAAUUGUUUGUAAGACUUUUGAAGGCGUUAAAGCUCUUGAAGUAUAUGAGAAGGAAGGAAACAUUAACAAAGGCUCUGGUCUUCAUGGGCUUGGCGCUUCUAUUGGGAGAGCCUUGGAAGGACGAUUUCGCGUCAUAUGUCUUGAAAAUUUGAGACCCUACUGUGGUGAAUUUGUAGCUGAUGACCCACAAAGGAGGCUCGAUCUUCUAAAGCCGAAGUUACCCAAUGGAGAGUGCCCACCUGGAUUUCUUGGUUUUGCUGUAAAUAUGAUCAAAGUGGAUGGCGCAAACUUGUUUUGUGUCACAACCAGCGGACAUGGUCUUAGAGAGACUCUAUUUUAUAAUCUUUUCUCUUGUUUGCAAGUUUAUAAAACAAGGGAAGACAUGUUAUGUGCACUCCCUUUUAUAAACGAUGGAGCUGUUUCUUUGGAUGGAGGGAUGGUGAGGAAUACUGGUGACUUUUCUCUGGGCGAUCGGGUGGAUGUGGAUGUGAGGUUCCCUAAAGCCUCCAAGACAUCAAAUGUGCCUGAAUCCUAUGCUCAAACUGAGAAGAAGAUGAGCGAGAUGAAAUGGGAACAAGAAAAAUUGACUGAAGAUAUUAAGAGAGAGCAAGCGUUGUUGGUCAAUGCUAGGUCAAGUUUUGAUAAACAGAAGCAAGAGUUUGUCAUGUUCUUAGCUCAAAGCUCAUCAUUUGCAACUCAGCAGCAUCAGUUCCCAGUUGCACGGGAUAGAUCAACCCCACGAUGAUGCAGACAUUGAAGUAGCCGCUUUAAAAUCAAACUAGAAGUGAAAAAUGUGGUGGAGAGUUGGGUUGUGCAUGAGAUGCUUUGUUGAUGUAAAAGCCUUGAAGUUUCAUGCCUUGAGUCGAGUGAGAGCACUAGGGAUGCUCGUGGAUUCAAAAUGGUGUUGAAGCCUGAUUUAUUCAGAGGCUCUCCUUCAUCGCAUGAAUAUGCAUGUGAAAAAAACUCCAGUAUGUUAUUUAGAGGCAGAAAUUUGUGACUAGAACAUUUUGAAUCAAUCAUCAUUUCCCCCAUCUGCAUCUGUCUUGUACCGCGGCAUGCAUGUAAAUUGCAUUAUCACAAUUCGGUCAUUGCAUGGAAGAGGUUGUGCUGUUGGGUUGAGCAAAUUUUGCUCGGUCUACAAUCCAUAUUUCUGUUGUUUAAAUGAACUUUCCUUGAAACUGAAGGAUGAAUUUUAGUUAUCCCGUAAAGAACAUCUGACAUGGAUUUGAAGGGUC